CUCUCGCUCUCAUUUUAUGCAGGUAGCAUAGCAGUGUACUCAACGAAGGCAUUCCUUCCUGCGUGAAGACGGAAGACUAUAACCACUUUUAUUUUUUAAUGGAUGUCCUGGGAGGAAAUCGCUGCGAGGAAAGGCCGGGAUUUUAGGUCCGAGUGGCCAUCUCCCAGACUACGUGUCGCUGACGUGAAUGCUAAAUCAGUCGAGAGCAGCGCAGACUGGGCCCAAUCACCGUCAUCCUUAAGAGUGACCCACGCCGGAGCAGAUUGACGUUUGGACGGCAGAGACAGCGAGAGGGGAAAUAUCCUGACUUCCAGAUUUCAGUCAUCCUGGCGAGAAGCGGAGGGGUUUUAUUCUCGGAGAUCUUGGAUCCUUUCACAUCGCCCUGCGUUUCUUCUCGACACCGACUCUGCCAGGUAGACGAGCUUCGGAGAAUUACGGCGCAGAUUUGCAAGUAUUGACCGCUGCCUUGAUUACGUUUUCCCCUUGUGGAUUUGGAUCAGAGGGAGACAGUGUGUAUUUGCGUAUUUUUGUAGCGGUUUUGAGGGAAUUAUUAAUUCAGCGACAUCAGCGACCGCGAGCUAUACGAGAAUCAGCAACGCGGAGAGGGACUUUGAGAGUCCCCAUUGCGAAGAUUACAUUGCUGAGGAUACCACACAGUACAGCGGCAAUUAUAAAUCACCCGAGCCCGGGCCGCGAGCCCUCCUUGGAGUAUUUAUAUUUCCCCGCGAUUCGGCGAGAAAGGGAUAAAAAUCUCGCGAUAUUAAAACAAGGGGAAAAUGUCAACAAAUCGGCGGGAGGUAACAUUUCGCGCAGCGGGGAAGCCAGGUUGCCGAGGCAACGUGGAGCUUUCAGAUAUCGCGUCAUCGUUUCAUUCGGAAUCGAGUUUUUUGUCUUCCAACGCCGGCCAGGUGACCGGACAAUCGACACCGACUGAUUAAGCGGCGACGACCGACUUUGGCUUUCCGGGACGGACACAAUGCGAUGGAGGUUGGACUAAUAUGCAUGGUGUGGACUCACCCAGAUUGUCGGCAUGGCAGUGGUAAUGGUAUCGCCAGCCAAUGAGCAAUCAUGCAUAGAUUCGACGGAGCAGUUGCUCUGUCAGCAGACCGACGAGACGACGGCAGCGUGUGCAGGCGUGCUGGCGCCCUCAUCUGGCAAGCGCACAACGCCUACCACCGACGCCGACAACGACAAGCAACAACAGCUGCAUGAGGCGACCGGUGCGACCAUGGAUUACCAUGGCCGUGGCGGAGGCUGGGAGCCACUCUGCAGUCACCACGCUGGGGAAGAGUACGAACUGCAGGCACGGGAUGGGGCCGGCUCGACACCGGACUCUCCCCAAACAACCGCUCAUACAGGAUUACUGGAGAGGGCAGACAAAGAUGACACACAUGACGGCGCAACCAAAGAAGAGUUGUUCUUUAUCGGUGGGAGUACGAGUGGAAAGCACCCACACAGGGCACAAAGUAGCGCCGGCAGCUCCGGCAGCUCCGGCAGGCGACCUGCACAGAAACGCAAACAUCUCGCUGAGCCGUCCAGUGACAAUCGGUUUGUCAACCUGGCCCACCGGUCGGCUCUCGUGAACGGUACCAUCCCCCGGUUCACGCCGCUUCAGCUGCACCGGUCGGAGCGGUCCUGGGCCCGCUCCUCGGCGGCGGACAUGAAAGGCAACGGGGCCGCCGAGGGAUCUAGCCGUAAAAGCGGUGGCAGCGGCGGCAAAAAGGGUAAAACCCACUACAGUCACGCCAAUACGGGCUACAGACUGGGCUUACGGAGGUCUCUGUUCGAAAGACGGAAACAACUCAGUGAUUAUGCCCUAGUUAUUGCAAUGUUUGGAAUUGUUGUCAUGAUCGUGGAAACGGAGCUGUCGUGGUUCUUUUACAGUAAGGACUCCGCCUACUCGUACAUCCUCAAGGCUCUGAUCAGUACUUCCACAAUGGCUCUGCUCGUCCUGAUUGUAUUAUACCACGCCCGAGAGAUACAGCUUUUCUUGGUGGACAACUGUGCUGACGAAUGGCGGAUAGCGAUGACGUGGUCCCGGAUCUCCCUCAUCACCUGUGAACUCUUUGUGUGUGUCAUCCACCCGGUGCCGGGCAACUACUUUUUCAAAUGGGUGGCCGAGUUUGCUUACACCCACGACCCCAGGACGGCCCGUGCCGACGUGGACAUCCUCUUGUCCAUCCCCAUGUUCCUCAGACUCUACCUGAUUUGCCGGGUCAUGCUGUUGCACAGCAAACUCUUUACGGACGCCUCCUCCCGGAGCAUAGGCGCCCUCAACCGGAUCAACUUCAACACGCGGUUCGUGCUGAAGACUCUCAUGACAAUAUGUCCCGGAACAGUGCUCUUGGUCUUCACUGUCACGUUAUGGAUUAUAGCCAGUUGGAUUCUUCACGUGUGCGAAAGAUAUCACGAUGAAGAUAACGGGGAGAUUCUUAACGCGAUGUGGAUCGUGUCUAUUACAUUCCUUUCUAUUGGCUACGGGGACAUGGUACCAAAUACUUACUGUGGGCGGGGAGUUUCGGUUAUUACAGGUAUAAUGGGUGCUGGUUGCACGGCGCUUGUAGUUGCCGUUCUGGCGACAAAAUUAGAACUCAGCCGAGCUGAGAAGCAUGUACAUAAUUUUAUGAUGGACACACAGUUGACAAAAAGGUUAAAGAACGCCGCUGCAAACGUUCUUCGGGAGACGUGGCUUAUCUACAAAUACACCAAACUGGUGAAAAACGUUAGCUCUAGACGAAUACGAAAACACCAACGGAAAUUCCUCAGCGCCAUCCAUAAGCUAAGGAAAACGAAAUUAGAUCAAAGAAAGUUAGCGGACGAGGCUAGUACCGUCGUCGACAUGGCAAAGCCAUUACUCGUGCGCGCUUCCCGGGCAGAAAUGGCCAUGUACACGUCCAAACCUCCGGUCUUGUACAUACAUACGCAGAACAUCAUGUUCGAGAUGGUUUCUGACAUGCAUGCUACGCGGUCGGGUAUCGACGAGAGGGUUUCGAGUCUGGAACAAAAACUAGAACGCUUACAGACAACCCUGGAGGACCUCCCGCAGGUCCUGAACUCAUUCCUUGAAAACGCUAAACAGCAGAUUCUGCAGUCGCAACAACAGUUCUUGCUUCUGCAACAACAACAGCAGCAACAGCUACAACAGCAACCACAGCCGGUUCAACCGCAACCACAGCCGGUGCAACAGCAGCCACAGCCGGUUCAACAGCAGCCACAGCAAAAAGAAAAGCCGCUGCAGAGAAGGCAAACUUUGCAGCUGCAGAAAAAUGUUGAGGAGAGUCCGCCUCCAUAUCCGCAUAGCUUGGGCAACCCGUUUGUUCUGGAGGUUACUCCAGACUCCGGGUCGUCACCGGCCGAGCCACACAAGUCCUUGCGACUGCGCUCUUUCCCGGCGCAGGGAACCUCGGCGUCCUUCGAAGAGUCCACCUUAAGGCGGGAUCACGAUCGGGAGGUCGAAAGGUCACGGGCAUAUAGUAGCCCUGACGUCAGCAACAGUAGAAUCCCUAAUGCCAACUGCUAGUUGCUUCAGGUGCCCUUCAUCCAUAGGACACAUUGAAGAUAAGAAGUGUCCACAGUAAACUUAGGGAAGAAAAUGCCCAAGUAACGACAGUGAUAACGACAUCUUGUAAAUGAAUAGAAAUCAAACAUUUUUGGUAGGGUUAUGGGUUUUUAACGUGUUUAUUUUCUUUUGGAAAGAAUAAUUGAAUAUUGUGUGGUUAAAAGCGUUCUCCCCGAUUAUAAUGGAAUCCAUGAUGGAUGCUUAUUAAGGUAAGAUUGGCCUCUGGGUGGCAGCACACCGAUCUAUUGUCUUGGACGCAUGCGCAACACUGACAUAAAUAACACAUAGGCUUAAAGCUACAGUC